AUGCUUGACGACAAGCUCAAUUUCGGCAAGCACGUGAAAUAUGGUAAACGUGCUUUAAUGGCGAUUGCGGCGCUCUCGCGAAUGAUGGCCAAUAGCUCGCCGGUGCGUUCUAGCAAACGCAGCCCGGUAUGGGCGUCGGCACUCCGGGUGGAACGCAAUGCGAAAUUGCUGGAGAGCACGCACAGACUGAUGUGUCUUUGCGUGAUCAGUGCGUGCCGUACGAUAUCUGGAGACGCAGCCUGCCUAUUAAAAAUGAUGCCUAUUGGACUGCUCAUCAAGGAGGACGCUGAGUUCUACGUUACGCGGGUGACAGGAACGCCCGUAGGACUGUCAACGCAGCCUGCCUACGCGAGUGGCAAAGGAAAUGGGACAGCUCAACCAAGGGCAGGUGGACAUAUCGGCUUAUUCCAAGAGUCUCCGGAUGGAUCGACAGACCCCACGGCGAAGUUCGGCCACGCGGCAUCUCCUGCUUGCCCUGGCUGCCCAAAUGAGCUUGACACGGCAGAACACGUCCUGUUUGCCUGUCCCCGAUUUGCGACACAAAGGAAUGGUCUACUGGAUGUAUGUGGCAGAGAUACUACACCAGAGAACCUAGUCCAGAGGAUGUGCCACAGCGAGGAGAACUGGAACGCAGUGUCGACCGCGACCUCCCAGAUCGCGGGCAUCUUGCAGCGGAAUUGGAGCGCAGAACAACAGGCAGCCGCGACCGCCGGCCGCUAA